CACAUUUUGACGUUUUUCGUCAUGGUUUGACUGGCAGAUAAUACACACUUUCGGACUAGCUAGCCUCGGCCGAAUUCGGAGUGGGAAUGUUUUUCUCAAAAUGGCGCUCGGACUGUGUAACAACGAGUAGACAGAAUAGGUGACGCGAAAAAUUGAAAAUUAACAACAAGAACUUGGUAUUUUUGAGAAAAUUAUAGUUGAAAAGUGUGCAUAAGGAUUUAUAUAAUAUCGGUCAAUUGGAGUUUAAACUGCAAACAUCAAAUAGCAGUGAAAAUUUUAAGUUUUUACCAAAACGCAACUCAGCGAGUUGCAGGAGAACGCGACGAGUCACGCAAGGCGACAGCUUUGGGCAACGGCGCAUAGAACGACCGGUCGAGCCGUUUUGCCGUGCAGCUACCACAGUCGUAAUCCAGCUAGAUACAUAACGCAAGACAAAGUACACAUUUGAGGUGCUCCAUUGAUUCGAAUGCUGAGCGGGCGUUGGAGUAGUACGGGACAAGCAAAUAAAAUCCCUAAACUAGAAAUUUUCGUACUGCGCGUACAUUUCACCAAUCGGAAGCAUAGCAAUCAUCUAUAUAUAUACCGCAUAAACGUUUCUUAAACAAUAUGGAUCCCAAUUCAAGUCCCUGGUCUUAUGCUUAUAAUCGCAUCGUGCCAUCUGCCUCCAGUACUGGUUCUGCAGAAGAUUUUCAACACCCGCACUUGGCGCCAGCACAGUCUUUGUUUCUACAAGCAGCACAUUCAGGCAUAGCUGCAAGCUUCAAUGCCGCAGCUGCUGGCAGCGGCAGUUUUGUAUCACCAUCGCCUAUCAGCGGAUAUAAUCCGGUAUUUCAACAAAUCUACCAUCAUGCAGCAGCUGCUAGCGCACAACCAAAACCGGCACAUUACGCUUCAAGUGCGGUCAAUACGCCCGUACGUCAGAUACAAAUCCCAUCAACGCUGGAUAAACAAUUGACGAAUUUCCAAAAUCAAGCCGCAGUUGCUGUUGUAUCAUCUGCUGCAGCAGCUGCUGCAAAUAAUGCAGCUUCUAAUUAUUAUGGUGAAAAUUCUUCGUCAAGCGGUGCAUCGCCAUCGCCCACAACUUCUGCUCUUACAUCAACAACGCUCAGUUGGAAUACGCCGAUGAUAUCCAAUACUUUUUUGGCUAUGCAACAACAGCAGCAGCAACAACAGCAGCAACAGCACCAGCAGCAGCAGGCACAGCAGCAACAAUUGAAUUUAGUUGCGGAUAAGGUGGUGAGUAGUAUGUUGGACAGUUUGGCCUUAAGUCCGUAUAGAAGAUUUAACAAUUUGGGCGAUAUCAGCUUUUAAAAUUU